AUGGCGGAAAGAUGGAGUCUGCAACUCACUUUCGCCUUAGUUGCUUUAAUAGCUGCGAUCUUCUACAGUGGUAAAGCACAGUUCGUUUUUAACAAGAUAAAUCAGAUUAUUCAUGGAAAGAGAGGCUGCUCUCCGAUUGCGAGUAUAGGCGAUGUGACGCUGCAUUAUUUUGGAACUAGAGGACGUGCCGAGGGUCUACGACUGAUAAUGGAGGAUUCUGAGAUACAAUACUCAGAGACUAAUUUUUCAAAAGCUGACUGGCCGGUAAUUAAAGCAAAAGGAAUAGAAACAGGCCUGUUCACUUUUGGUCAAGUUCCAGCUAUUACUACUACAACAGGAUUACAACUUGUUCAGAGUAAAGCAAUAAUGCAUCAUAUUGGCCGGUCAGUGGGUCUUGAUUGCGACUGUUCAGACAUUCAUAUUUGUGAAACCCUAGUGUUUGGUGCAGAGGACUUGAGAGCAAAGCUGGGCCCAGUGCUUUAUAGUCCAGAAUUCUCGGCCAAGUUAAGGUAUGAUCACAUCCAAUCAGUUGUCUACACUUGGCUGUCAUAUUUUGAAAAGCUUGCUCCUGAUGAAGACAACAGCACCAAUGCUGAUGGACUGUUCUUUGCUAGCAAUCGACUGACAUGGGUAGACUAUGUCAUGUUUGAUCUGCUAGAUACUUAUGUUGAAUUUGGGAGACUUAACUUUGACGAUGAUGAAGCACCAACUAUAGAUGUUUUGGAAAAUUUCCAAAAGCUUAAGGCAUUUUAUGAUUAUUUUGCUGGCAGACCUAAUAUUGCAAAGUAUAUUAAAGCUGAGAGAAGAGUUCCAUUUAGGCAAUGAGUAAAAAGAAACCCCUGAGUUGUCUUAGAGUCAGCGCUCAUUCCAAGAGGGAUUUUUAGAUAAUCCACAUUUUCAGAUGGUUGCCUUAAACUAUAUUAUUUAUUUGACAAUACCUCCAUAUCGCAUAUAUUGUGGCCUUAUGAGGUUGUUUUUAGAAAAAGUACCUGUACUGUUUGUAAUUUAGGAGCAGGUUUUUGACAGAGGCAAAGGGUUAGCCUGAAAAAAUUUGUUAAAAAGUUUGUGAACUAAGAAAAAGCUCCCAUAGUUGUAGUUCUCAUAUUUUGCACCAAGACAAGAGUUGUAAACAUUUAUAUACGAGACAUAAAAUGGUAUUUCUGAGCUUUAUCAGGUAUGUUAGGUAUUUAUAAUAGAUAUUGUUUUAUUCAUCAUUGAAUGAUUAGUAGUCCAUUUAGGAUGUUUAAUUAAGUUUUGGUAUUCCUAGGGUUUGGAUGCAAAGCUGUUGAUACAUUUUGAUUGUAUCAACAUCGAUUGGAUACAUCGAUUGCAUUUCGGAAUUGAAAUAAAAAUGCACCCUUCUUUCUA